AUGGCGUCCGAUCCCAUGUCAGUCAACAGUUCAGCAAGGGAGCCACCUGCGCCUCCGGGGUCAGGGGCAGAUGAGGAGCCCAAGUAUGGAGGAUACACACGUUUCGAACUUGAACUGGAGUUUGUUCAAGCACUUGGCAACCCGCUGUAUCUGAAUCAUCUCGCUUCCAGGAAGCUACUCAGCAAUCCUGCCUUUAUCGCCUAUCUCGACUAUCUCCAGUACUGGAGCCGCCCACCUUACCUCAAGUAUAUCACCUACCCUGGGCCUACCUUCAAGAACCUGCAGUUGCUGCAGCAGGAGAAGUUCAGGCAGGACAUCAUCAGCCCAGACUUGGUCGAGCGUCUCAGGGUAGAGGGCAUGAAGGCCGGGAUCGACUGGCACCGAGAGAGUUUUCCAAGCACGGCAUAA